AUGUCUCAAGGUGCAUUGCAACCCAAGGCUUUUGAGAGUGGUUUCCCAGCAGUAAACAGCAUAAGUCCAAAUGAGACGAAGACAAAAAAAGCUAAACUCCCCAAAAUCAAAAAGGAGAACAAUGUCCUCUUGCUGAAAAAGAACAACUUUGAUCGAGCAUUGAAGGAAACGAAGUACCUGCUAGUGGAGUUCUAUGUUUCCUUAUCUCAGCUAUCUCAGAACCUGUCCGAAGAAUUUGCUGAGGCUGCCCGACAGCUUAAAAAAGAAGCUCCAAGAAUCCAAUUUGGCAAAAUUGAUGUCACAGACCAACAUGAUUUGAGAAAAGAAUUUAAUAUCCAGCAGUUUCCUUCUGUGAAGUUUUUUGUAGAUGGCAGCAGGAAAGAUCCCAUUGACUGCAAAGGAGUCAGAGAGGCUUCUGCAUUUAUUACAUGGGUGAAAAGAAGAACAGGACCUAGCUCUGUGUUAAUCAACUCUACUGCUCAGGCUGAAGCCAUGAUAAAUGCUGAAGAUCUGGCAGUGAUUGGUUUUUUUAAGGAACUUCGUGAUGACAGCGUGGACAUUUUCCACGAGACAGCAAGAGACGUGCCAGAGAUGCCUUUUGGGAUGACCAACAGCGAGGAAGUCUGUGCUAACUAUGGCAUCCGAAAGAGCGCUCUUGUUGUGUUCAAAAAGACAUCCGUGAAGAUCUUUGAUGUCCCUGUUGAAAGUCACAUCCUGCUGUUCACCCCAAAGAAUUCGCAGACGUUCAAUGCGACUUACGAAAGUUACAAGUCUGCUGCUGCGGAAUUUAGAGGAAAGAUAAUGUUUGUCUUUGUGGAUACUAACGAAACAAGGAAUGGAUGAGUUUUUGAGUAUUUUCGCAUCACUCAAGCUGAUGUUCAUGCAGUGAGAAUCCUAAAUUUGACGAGCGAUGCAAAGUACAAAAUGCCUGCAGAUGAGGUUACCGUGGAGAACCUAAGACAUUUUUGUCAGAGCUACCUAGAUGGAAAAGCAAAGCUACAUCUCUCUAGUGAGGAAAUUCCAGAAGACUGGGACAAGAUGCCUGUCAAAGUGCUUGUCGGGAAAAAUUUCAACAGAAUUGUCUUCAAUGAGACCAUGACUGUGUUUGUAAUGUUUUAUGCCCCUUGGUCCUAUGACUGCACAAAACUCCUGCCAAUCUGGGAUAAAUUGGGAGAGGAAUAUCAAAGUCGCGAAGAUAUAAUCAUUGCUAAGAUAGAUGUCACAGCAAAUGACAUCCUGUCAAUUGUGCUGGAUCGCUAUCCAUUCUUCAGACUGUUUCCUUCAGGCCCUGAUUACCAGGUGGUGACUUAUGCUGGGGAACAUACCUUGAAGGCAUUUUCUGAAUUCUUAGAAGAACAAAGCAAGAUAAAAGCAGAAACAAGAGAGAAGGUAGGAGCUGGAUCCACAAACUGA